AGAUUGACUUCAUAAGUUCUAAAGAGCAGUCACAGUCUAGAAGUGCCAGUGUAACAAUAUCUCACUCUGUCACAGAAUUUGGCAGCCAUGUUGGCCAAGAGGGUUCUCAUUGGUGUGAAUUUUCUUAUUUUGAUUGGCCUCCUUGUUAUCAGCUUCUUCUCAACGAAGCCAUCACAGCUCUUUCCACGGACGCAGGUUAACGUUUCAAGGCAAUAUCCGACUGAAAUAACACCUAGUGAUGCUACAUUCGCCAUUUGGGGAGUCAUCUACGCAUUGCAAGCUGCCUGGACUCUCUACUCGCUCACCCUUAAUGUUCGAAAAAGUUUUGGGGACAUAUUGCCACCCAAGUUCUUCAGCUACUUCAUCCUAUCAAGUGCCUGUAACGCCCUCUGGUUGUUUGCUUGGGCGAGAGAACAGUUUGGAUUGUCACUGGCUCUCAUUUUUGGCAUUGCUUUGACUUUAGUUCUGAGUUUGAUCAAUGCAGCUGAUGGCCUCUAUCAGUAUCUUAAGAAGAUGGAAAGCAAAGGGGGAAAGCCGAACCUUGUUGAUGUGUGGUGCACUCGCAUUCUAAUUCAAAAUGGCAUCCUCUUCUACGCAACGUGGGUAUCAAUUGCCACUUGCAUCAACCUUACGAUAUACCUUGAAUAUAACAUUGGUAUGGACGGCAGCAAGGCCGCCACAGCAUCCCUUGCUAUUAUUCUUUCUGUCGCAAUCCUGUGGUUUAUUCUGGAGAACUUUGUGUAUCAGGAAUACACAAGAUACGUCCUUGCAGAGUACAUCGUCCUUAUUAUUGCACUAAGUGGCGUCUUGAAGGCCCACUGGUCCGGCGGGCAGGGAAACCAAGCCUUCGAUCUGGCACUUCUUAUCGUCUCGGCUCUGCUUCUCAUAGCGCGUAUUGCUCUGAUUGUUGUCCAAGAAUUAAACAGAAAAAGAAGGAGGGUAUCAGAUGUAAUGUAACGGCGAUGAUGGACUUGGAACUAUUAAGACAUCCAGAUUAGGCAUAAUACUUCACUUAAGAGCUAUAUGUUUAAAUUUGAAUAGAUUGCCUGUUAGCCAAAAUUGCAUUCAAGUUAUACGUUAUCGCUGAAAGCUUGACAAAUCACCUACAAUAUUUAUAAUUCUCUGCUAUAAUUUUUUCUUUGGUAGCCCUGUAUUAUUAGUUUGCUUUAAAUGAAAUUAGACGAAUAAAACGAUUUCUAAAAAAAUGUACAUAUUUAAAUUUGUUUAUUUUUGUAAAAAGUAAAAAUUGAUCAUGAUGAUCAAUUUUAAGUUUUUCAA